CACCCCUUAUUUUAUAUAGUUGCGAGACAUUUUCCGAAGAUUGAUACAUUGCUUAGUACAUAAGGUAGCGGCCGGGCUCCGUAGCAAUGGAACAGCAAUGCACGGACGCUGCGGGGCUCGGUCGCGCGGUUGAAAGGUCGGCGCUAUCUGAGCACAUGCGCGCGACGCGGGCGCGGUGACGUCAGAGGCAUCGAUCGCGUCGCGCCGCGCCUCGGCACAGCUCCUCCGCUCCUGUCAGGUCCGGAGCACGUGAACAGCCCUGCGAGGAUGCGGCCACCCCUCACGUAAGGCCACACCACGUGUAUUCAUGUCCGGCGAGCACCCAUGUGCGGGCUAAGCUUCAGGACCAGGAAUAGCCCUUCGCAGAAAACCUCCCUCCGAUGGGGCGACAGUUGCCCUCCGAGGCUGAGCAUUAACACCUCGGACUAGUGAGGGGACAGUGUUGUGUGUAGUGAUACUUACUGUACGUGCUGUGGCCUCAUGCUGGCUGAGUGACGUCGCUCCGGACCCUCACAUCUAGUUUUAUUGACAGGAAAGGAGGAAAGAUAAUCAAGCAAGAUGAUCAAUAUAGCGGGCGUGAUCUCCAUCAUCCUGUUCUACGUGCUGAUCCUGGCCGUGGGCAUCUGGGCGGGGCGCAAGAAGCCUGCAGGCAAUGAUUCGGAGGAGGAAGUCAUGCUGGCAGGACGCUCCAUCGGACUCUUCGUCGGGAUAUUCACUAUGACUGCGACAUGGGUGGGCGGCGGCUACAUCAACGGCACGGCGGAGGCCAUCUACACAUCAGGUCUGGUCUGGUGCCAGGCGCCCUUCGGGUACGCGCUCUCGCUGGUCUUCGGUGGCAUAUUCUUCGCGAACCCGAUGCGCAAGCAGGGCUACGUGACGAUGCUGGACCCUCUGCAGGACUCGUUCGGUGGCCGCAUGGGGGGGCUUCUGUUCCUGCCCGCGCUCUGCGGGGAGGUCUUCUGGGCUGCUGGCAUCCUGGCUGCACUGGGAGCAACACUAGCGGUGAUCAUCGACAUGGAUCAAAAGACGUCGGUGAUAUUCUCGGCGUGCGUGGCGGUGUUCUACACGCUGUUCGGCGGCCUCUACUCCGUCGCCUACACCGAUGUCAUACAGCUGUUCUGUAUCUUCAUAGGUCUAUGGAUGUGCAUUCCAUUCGCGUGGGCUAACGAGCAUGUGAAGCCGCUCAGCUCCAUGGAGGUGGACUGGAUAGGGCACGUAGAUCCGGAGUACUACUGGUUCUAUGUGGACUACGGCUUGCUGCUCGUGUUUGGAGGGAUCCCGUGGCAGGUAUACUUCCAACGCGUGCUGAGCAGUAAGACUGCGGGGCGCGCGCAGAUCCUGUCGUACGUAGCUGCCAUCGGCUGCAUCUUCAUGGCCAUCCCGCCCGUGCUCAUCGGAGCUAUCGCUAAGGGCACUGCGUGGAACGAAACGGACUACCGCGGCGACCUGACACCUGAAGGCGAGUUGACCUCUGACCAGACGUCCAUGAUCCUCCCGCUGGUGCUGCAGCACCUCACGCCCGACUUCGUCUCGUUCUUCGGGCUGGGAGCCGUAUCAGCUGCCGUCAUGUCUUCGGCUGACUCCAGUGUGCUCAGUGCUAGCUCUAUGUUUGCCAGGAACGUGUACAAGCUGAUCUUCCGCGCGAACGCGUCUGAGAUGGAGAUCAUCUGGGUGAUGCGCGUGUCCAUCCUCAUCGUGGGCGCGCUCGCCACGCUCAUGGCGCUCACUAUACCCUCCAUCUACGGACUCUGGUCAAUGUGUUCAGACCUGGUGUACGUGAUCCUGUUCCCGCAACUGCUGAUGGUGGUGCACUUCAAGAAGCACUGCAACACGUACGGCUCGCUGGCGGCGUACAUCGUGGCGCUGCUGGUGCGCCUCUCCGGGGGGGAGAAACUCCUGGGCCUGCCGGCGUUGAUACACUACCCGGGGUGGGACGCGGAGAAUGAAGUCCAGCUGUUCCCCUUCAGGACCAUGGCGAUGACCAUGUCGCUGUUCACGCUGGCGUUCAUAUCGUGGCUUUCCGUGUUCCUGUUCAACGGCGGCUACCUGAGUCCGGAGUCGGACUACUUCAACUGUGUUGUGAACAUCCCCGAGGAUAUACGUCGUGUUGACGAGCCCUCCGAGGCCGGCGAGCAGAUGUCGGUGCUGGGCGGCGUGCCGGGGCGGCUGUACGGCGCCGCGUCCACGCUGGUGGGGCCGGACGAGAAGUGCGGCCGCAUCAACCCGGCGCUGGAGCCGGAUGACGACGACCUGGACGACCCCAACGACGGGCCCACGCCGCUGUUCGGCAGCUCCAGCGCGCCCCCCCCCGUGCAACCCUUCGGCAAGCAAACGGCUUUCUGAGACGAUAAGUAAACUUUUAGUUCUUUGUCGGUCUUCAAGCCACGCUGCCACAGUGGGCUCGCGACAUAGCGGGAUUAUAUUUUCCGAAAAUUUUACUAUAUUUCUUAUUUUUUCAUUUAAAUAAAUUCGGUAAGAUCGUUACAUCGAAGUGUGGAACAGUUAACUUCAGUAUUUUUCCAAAUAACGACUAGAAUGUUAUGCUCAAGACGAUCGAAACGAAAUACCUUCAUCAUCCGUAUCUUCCUAUAUAAACAAACCAUUUUGUAAAUGUCACAUAUUUCAUACGACAGUAGAAACGAACGAUUUCUUUAACUCUUACUAAUGACGACGUAAGCGCAAACUGAUAUAUAUUUAAUGAAUAAAUAUUAUCGUGUAGUAAUAAAUGCAUAAAAGCAAUAGAUGUAUGUUUAAUAGUCGAUGUAAAAAUGAAUUAAGCUGUAUUAUUUUGUAGUGAAAAAUAUUAUAAAUAAUAUAACGAAGUGUUGCAACUCAUACAUAUCAAAAUGUGAAUUAUAUUCGUUGUUAGAGAAAAAUAUAUGUGUACUAUAAUAAUUAUAUAAUUUAUAUUGAUGACGAUUCCUUAUUUAAGUCAAUUAACGUAGAGAGAAGAGCACACACGUUCAUGUGCUUAUAGUGACACAGUGCAAAUGUGUGCGUGUAGUAGCCAAUGUUGACCAAACAUUAUAUAUCAUCGUACGAGUGUAAACUAUUAUAUGAGACAUAUCGCUUGAGAAGCAUUACCAUUACCUGAUAUAUACACAAAUUAUACGGCUCGAACAUAGUCUACGUAAUCCAGAUUAUUUAUAUAAAAAAGUCCGCGCUAAAUAUAUAUUUGAAUUGUUUUACUAAGAAUUAAUGCAAUCUAGUGGGAGAUGUGUUUAUAUAGUUUUAUUUACUAGCGCGAAAUAUUUAUGUAGUAAAUAUAUACCUAUAUCAUAUAAUUUAGAGCAGUUAUGUGCGUGGAGUGAGGUAAACCCACGCUAUGUUAUAUGUAUACGUAUGCAUAUGUCCAGAUAUAGACGAAUACACUGUUGGGAACGGUUUAAUGGCACGAAGUGUGAACAAGAUGAGGACUGGCCUAAUAUCAGCUGAGUUACUAUCGAAGCGCAACAAGUUAUAGUCACAAAGUGGAAGUUUCUUCACAUUAUGCUGUAUAUUACUAUACGUGUACUAUGGUACUUAAUAAUAAAGAGCUUCGCGAUGCAGCCGGUGUGGCCAGCAUCGCUGAUAUUAAAAAUCUUUUUGGAAUUAUAAAUGUAUUGGUGUUCACAAUAUAUUAUCGUGUUUGUUCCCCCCGGCCUCCCCGGAGCAACCCGAUGUGCGUGUCUAUGUCCAUAUUUGAAGCUUUUUGAUGUACUGUUUCUAAAUAUAUCAAGGUGUAUCUUGCGGGUAGAUAAUAUUGUCAAUUUUGGCAACUUUUAUCCUUUUGGAAAGAAACGUAACGUUUAUAGAAGCAAUAGAAAUAUAUCGAUACAUAUCACGUCUUUGACGACAAACUAAUAUAAGAUAGAGUUGCUAAACUUGAUACUUAACCAAGCUUUCGAAUUGUUUUUUGAUAAUAAGGUUUACAUAUAAAUCGUUUUAAAGUAUAAAGUUGGAUAUAUUUAGUGUAUAUGUUGCGAAUAUAAAGUAUAUGAUGUGAUAUCCACCUGCCUAACCUUUGCUAAGACUACGGACUCGAUACAUAUCAUCUCUGUGACUUACAAGAUAUCUUAGUUUAGUGUGAACUGGUACAUAUCAUUACUGUAAGUGUAGCAUAGGUCGUUGUUGUUCUUCGGCGCCGCUGUCUCACUACGCAAUAUUAUAUAUAUCGAUAUAUUAAGUCGUAUAUUGAUUACUCCAAAUAUAUUUGCAUAUUGAGAUUCAGAUGAAUGUAUUAGAUUUGUUUAAUUUUAUAUUGCAUAAGAGUAUAUACAUUUUAUUAUCGUAUUAAGGCACUAAGUGCUAUUCAUGAAAUAUGACAUAUCAGAUGCUUUAUUGAAAGUAUAUAAUUAGGUAUAUUAAAAUUAAAAAAUAUCUAUAAAUUAUUUCAUAUUUAAUGAAAAGUUUACAUUAAUUAUGUUGUAACCUUUACUGUAAUAUAAUAUUAUCUGUAAUAUAAAGAAAGAUAUAUUGUUUGUUGUUUACAUUAGACAGUUGGUCAGACAGCGGCUCCCCACUGUUAGCUAGUAGAUAUACCUACUAUUGACUUAUUCCUAGUUCUUGUUGAAUAUUUUGAAAAAGAAAAAUGUGUAAAAAAAUGUGUAACGUUGUGAAUUCCGCGGUCGCUUCAGCGACAUCAAAAUAAAACAUAUAGUAUGUUGA